AUGCGCUUGCCUGCAGCCAGUGAGGAGGACUUCGAGUCUUUGCCGCCCGCCGUACGACGUAAGUUCUUCUCGAAUGUCGAGCGCAUGCGCAUCCGGCUAGCGCAGAGCGAUCCCAGCUUCCCUGCGGGCUCCACGCCAAACUAUCAUGCCAAUUAUGCCCAGUCUGCCUAUCAGACUCGACCUACUCGGCCUAACGCUCGUCUUGGGCCUGGUCCCCUCCACUUCUCCCACUCGCGGGCCCUGCGGAACGCCUCGACAACGUCGCUGACCAGGGGUCGCGGGCUUCACAAACAUCCAGCGCAGCCGGCCUCGUCGACUUCGCUUUCAACCCCUAAGAAACUCCGCAAACCCGGUUCGCUGCAAUUGGCCUAUCUGGUCGCCCAGGCCGACUCGCAAUGCUUUCAUUCCCUCCCCGCUAAGGUCCAACAAAAGCUUUUCUCCCCCGAGGAACGCCGCCGUUUUCACGGUGCCCUUCGACAGAGCGUCAUUUACGACGCCGCAGACGAGGCCUUCUAUCGUCGACCCAACUACUUCUCGCAACAUCAGCAAUCCACCGACAGCCUUCCGUCGGACGUCACCCUCCCCGUCGCUCAGCCCGACACGGUCUUUUGGGACUCAGAAGACUCCGAUCUCGACGAGGAGGCCGACGAGGCCAGUUCCCGCAGAAUGGACCCCUCCUUUUACGAUAGUUUCCGCUGGCUGGACGAGGACGGCGAUUUGGACUUGUCCCUAGACGAGUAUCAUGCCCAUGUGGCCGAUGCUGCCGCGGCCAAAUCCAAAUCCCGCCGUCGUCCGUCCUUUCGCCGGUCCUUGUCCUUCUCGACGCAUUCGUUGAAACAGCAUCGCCCCUCUCCGUCAAUGCCCACGCGAGCGCUCCCUGCCAGCCAAAGUUUUCCCCUGCAGCACCAGCAACAAUUGGGACAAAAGCAUCCCCUCAGCCCGCUGGUCAACCCUCAGUCAAGUUCUCGACCCUCCUCGCGCCAACAACAACCCUUCCACGCCCCUAAGUCGUCGACCUCCAGCAUCGACCCCGCCGCACAAUACUACCACGACCCCGAUGCCCGACUAAAGCUGCGAGUCUAUCUGGCCUCGCCGCAGAAAUUUGACGAGGCGAUUGAAUUUGGUUUCCCAGCCUUGGAUCAGAACAAAGAGAACAUCACCCCGGAAAAGCCCCUAGGGUCGCCCAACCCGGUGUCGGUAGCCUCUGAGUGGACUGGCACCUUUUUUGAAGACGAUGACGGCACCAUGGUUGGCAGCCCUGGCGGCUCGAUCGAGGAUCCCCCGGCACCAUCGCCGCCGCUCCGAAUGGCCUCUCAGCUCCAGGAAGUUCCCCGGCCGUCCGUCGAUAACCCACCAUCUCUACUCCAGAGGCGUCAAUCCUUCUUGCCAUUGUCAAGCUCCCGCUCCGGCCCCCAAAGCUUACUCGGAAAUCGGGAGAUGACUCUCAAAAUGACCCUGACUCGACCAGAUCUGCGGACCGAGUCCCCCACCCCAUCCCCGCAGGAGGACCCCCUGCGCCUCGCUGCACUGCCCCCAGCCGACCGUGCCCAGAUGAUCUGGGAAUCGGAUUGGGAUGAACAAGGCAUGGUGAAGAAGAUGUGGCGCAAGCUCCGGCGGCGGACGUAA